CACUAAUAUAACUCCAAUAACCACAAUGCACCUCUUUGACGCCAACAACAAGGAAGUAGGUGAACUGGUAACUACAAGAAACGUUAGCUUUGCUGUCAACUUCCCUCACAGUAGCCAGCGACCUAUUUCAGCUUUGAUAAAUGUUUAGCACAUAGAGGACAGCGCAGACGCAUUGUCAUUGUUAGCAAAUCAAAAGCAAGAUGUCAGGGAAAAGUCAGAGCAACGAGUCUGUAGUUAUACGAAGUAUCAGACAGUUCCGAGAGAAGUACUUCAAUGCAAGGAAAAACGUCAAUGAUCAGGCGCAUGCAGCAGCAGACACCAGUGAAGACGCACCUCCGGCCUUUUUGGACUGUUUACCCGUAAGAUACAGGACUUGUGAAGUUGUGAAAGCCAGUUGGCUACUUCUAAUGAUCAGAUUUUUUGUUGUUGGAGGGAUCUAAUGAGAAAUGAUAUAAUAUACUGUGGGUAUAGAGCAAGUGACUUGGAAUAUUUUAAUUUAUCGGACAUUUGGGAAAUGUUCCGGUCAUCCAUAUGCAUUGGGUGCGUAACCCAUUAGGCCAGAGCCUUUCAUAUUGCACCAGUUCAGGUAGUCAAGGGCUAUGGACGUUUGGUGAAUACGACCCUGAUGUGUAGAAACAGUAUGUACCAUCAUCAACCAGCACAUUCAAUACUUCACUCUCUCCUCUCCUCCUCGCCCCUCUCCUGCUCUCUCCAUCUCUCCCACUACAGGUGGACUUACAGUUCCUGAUCAUGACCCUGCUGUCUCCUGUGGACCUCUGUCGUCUGGGGGCCACCAGUAGCUACUGGAGGGCUGUGGUCAGAGACCCCUUACUAUGGAGAUACUUCCUGGUCAGGGACAUGCCUAAUUGGCCCUCCAUCGACCAUGUGACCAUGCCCCGGUUAGAGGCCUUACACACCCCUCUGUGUGUGGGGGAGGAGGGGAUGGUGGAGCCAGGACAUGACUUCAUGACAGAGUGGGUAGUGGUCUGAAACUCUGGUAUUGGAAUGCAUGAGGAAGGCAACAAGGAUUUACUGUGAUAUGUGGUCAUCUUACCUAAGUUGAAUGAACUAACUGACACUCAGGAAAAUAGUGUCUGCUAAAUGACAAAAAUGUAAAUAAUGAAGCCUUGUUGAAUGCAUAAAUAGUCUAGUACCCAGGCUAUGGAGUGACUGUGAAUGCAUUUGGUUGGUAGAUUGAUUUUCCAGGAGGCCAUAAAAGUCCGACUUGUCAAGAUAUUUUGCUUGAGUCAUUGGUCAAGUCCAAAUGUAUUAGUCACUCACUCAUAAUGUUCAACUUCAGCAAUGGAACUGGCCCUCCCUGCCUACCUAAGUAAUAAUUGCCUGUCCCUUCUUAGUUAUCUAAAGGGCUACCCAGCCUGCAGACAGCGAUGGUGUCCCCAGAGGCCGCCCUACAGGGUUGUGACCUCCUUCCUCCAGUCGCUGGUGGUCACCACCACUGAGCCACGCUACGCCAUGUUUGGCCCCGGCAUGGAACAGCUAGAUGUCUCCAUGGUGACCAGGCUCAUGCACACCCCAGAUGUGCUCCCUGUAGCAGGGAUACCCCAGAGACAGAUCAACGGUGGGUUACCCACUCUCCUCUCUGAUCCAUGCUUUUAGAGGGUCCACCUCCUCGAGACUUUCUGUGACAGGUGAAAGCAAAAUAGACACAGUUAAAAUAAACAUCAACCAUAUUGGUGUUACCUGAAUUGUGUUUGCUUAUAAUAAACUAAACAGCUGAAUAAGUAAGGUAGGGACAGGACAUGGUGAACAGUUGGAAAACCAUCCUGCACUAGUACUGACCAACCAGAAGGGGGCACUCUUGCUUCACACUAGCAGUUGCCAAGUUCUGUGCUGUGGUGGGCAGCCGACCUAAAGCCUUUGGGUUUUUUUUGGCUCACCAACUAAACAAAACCAAUGUUGUUAUUUUUUCCAGGUAUUGGAUCUGGGAUUAGUUACAUGUACAAAAACCAGCACAAAUUCAAUAUUCUGACUCUCUACUCAACCAACAGGUUAGUGUUAUCAGUAUUGUCCUCCAAUGACUGAUUUGGGAUGUACUGUUACCAUUCAAGGUAUUGCAAUGGCCAACCCAGGCGCUCAUGUGCAUGCGUGUGUGUAUAUGUCUACCCUAACCCCUUGUGUUUGUGUGUGCAGGGCAGAGAGGGAGAGAGCCCGCGUGGAGCAGCAGAGUGUCAGCAACAAACUCUUCAUCCUGGAGGGAACAGACCAAUCAGGACACCCACAUUUUAGCCCCACCCCUCAGGUCCAGGAAGUGUGUCAGGCGGUGGAUGGGUUCAUCUAUGUGGCCAACGCAGAGCCAGGAAGAGGUAAUACCAAGAUGCCAUUACAUUCCUCAUACAUGCUCCUAUUCCUAGGGCCUUGUUGCCAAGCCCGAGAAAGGUGAGACCAAAGCCCCAUUCCAUUACUAUCGCCUGUAUCUGCAACCCUGGGGCCUUGCUGCCUCCUUGCAGGCUUUUUGGUAAUUUAGCAGAUGCUUAUUCUUUAUUUGUGACACAAUGUAAAUGUGAUUUUCUGUAUUCCAAUCUCAUUUUGUAUGACUGUGUGUGUCAUGCCGUGCAUUAGAAAUUAUGCAGUUGUUUAUGGUAACAUCUCUACAACUCUGCCGUGUGAAAAUGUCACCAUAUUAUGUGUCUGUCUCCUAUUAGAUGAUGAGGGGGCGGUGGAGACUGCUCAGAUCCAGGCGUUGGUGGACCCUGCCUUAGGCUCGUCCUCCAGACCCCUCCUGGUCCUGUCCUGUGUGUCCAGAGAGGAACCAGACCCGAUCAGAACCACCAGCUCCAGUACUACCAGAGCCAGCACCAGGACCCCCUGUGUGGAUAUGGCCCAGAGACUCUGCCUGCCCAUGCUGCCCAACCCCUGGAUGGUGAGUCUGUCAGUCUAUCUAGUCUGUCUGUCUGUGUAGUGUGUCUUGUCUUGUCUGUCUGUCUUUGUGAAACACCCUUUGUAUUUGGCCGUCUCUUUCCAGGUUCAGGACACAGUAGCAGAGUCUCUGUCUGGUGUCUUAGAUGGGAUCUCCUGGCUGCUGGGGUGUUCUGGUCUCAGGCUGUAGCUAGCUGUCUAAGGAACUACCUUCAGGACCGAAACAACACACUACAGAACCAGAAGAAAUGCUUCUGAAGGAAUGUUUUACCUCUGAUGUGCCUUGCUUCAAUGAAUCACAUAAAAAAAGUUAUUAUUGGGUAAAUACUUUGUAAUUAGCCUGUAAUGAUCUUUCCUCGAUAGUGGGUUGUGAAGUUUUAACAGUAGCUAUGGUACUGUAAUGAAUAUUAUGAAGAUGAAUGAAGGGUUUUGAUAUUACUACUACGGUGUACUUUAGAAUCAUAUUGACGUGACAAUGAAUUGUAUUUUUUGAUACCUAUAUUUAGGGAAAUCAUGCAAUUAUUCUCCAAUUUCUUUCAUAUAAUUUAUACAAUAUUAUACUACGAAAUGUGUAUGCUUUUAUUUUCUUUAAUUGUUUAUAUUCAUGUUGUUAUUUACCCCUGUAUAAGUUGUUAUAAAGGAACUGAAAAUACAUGCAUGUGUACAGUGCCUUUGGAAAGUAUUCA